AUGACGUCGGGACUCCCUCAGCCUUAUAAUCUCUCCUUUACGGAUCAGUAUCCCUUACUACAGUACUAUCGUGCAAGAGACGGUCCCAUCGGCACGGAUUGGAACCUGUCAUAUACAGGAUGUGAACAGAGUGCAUGGAGUACCACGAACGACUGGGCCAACGGGACAAGCGUGCACAGCACAACGGCCCCCGAUAAUGCCGUGUCGCUCAUGUGGGUUGGUACUGCUGUGUGGCUGUACGGCCAAGGAGGCAGAGGAAACUAUACGGUCCAGGUCGACGACGGCGCUGCGAUCCUUGGUUUGGGCAGCGAUGACGAAGGGUUGCUCUUCAGCCAGAUAGGCAUGGAAUACGGCUCGCACACGGUUAAUCUUGCGCUGGUUGCAGGCGAACUCGCCUUCACCGGCGGAAUCGUCACCGUCGGUAUGGGCGUCGAGGGCGUAGCUAUGGUCGUCGGAAACCUCUCCGCUACAGAAACCAAUUCAGCUGGAGCACUCACUGUGAACUCGUUCUACAACACCAAGGGUGACGGCUGGACCAUGUCAGAUUCUUUCUUCUACCCGCGCUUGGUCACUUCUACUCCAAAUGCAUCGGUGACGUUCGCCCUCUUUGAUCCUGUUGCAUUCGCAAUAUAUGGUAGCGUCGAUGAUACCGCGGGACAGUUCAGUAUCUCGACAGAACCUCCCCUUGCGUACCCAGGCAACAACGUCCAAUACGGCAAUGCCUAUUCUCACUGGCGUGCCUUCGAUCAGCUGAAAGCCUUCAUUACCGCCUUUGACAGUUCAACAAGCUAUAACUUGACAAUAACUAAUACCGCGUCAAAUGCAACCCUGGAUCUUACCAAAGUCACGAUAUAUAGCGCAUCUGAGAUACUUUCACCUAUCUCGAGUCCCUCGAGGUCCCUAGACAAGGGCGAUAUCGCGGGGAUCAUUCUCGGAUGCGUAUUUGGAAUGGUCCUGCUCCUUUCGUUGAUCAUUUGUGUUCUCAGAAGAUAUAGAGAUGGCUGGAAAUCCGUGCCACUGGAGCCUAUUACACCGUAUGACCUCAUCGCCAUGGAUCAGGAGAGGCAAAUGCGAGAGACUGACAAUCGCCUGUCGAACAGCGUCGAGGGCGUGGAGCCUUGUCGAGGAGCCGGUGUCUGUCUCGUAAUAGACGAGCCUCCAAGAAGCGGCGUGACAUCCCCUCCGCCUUAUCAGUCGGAAUGGGGCGGCAGCAUCAGACGAAUACUUCCUAGGAAAUCGUGAAGAGGUCUACAGUCAGGUUUGUGUACUUCGGCAUCGAGCAUCUGCAUCCUAGCUCGUGCCGUAUCAACCAUGCUGCGCGAUGCAAUGGCCCCCAUUUCUGACGCGCAUACAUCGAUCAUCAGGAGGAAAUACUUUGGGGUUGUUUCUUUACUUGUUUUCAGCAUGUUGAAAGCUUGUGCUCGGAAGGUAUCGAUAGAUUAGAACCGGCUG